GUUACUACCGUGAGCUGAGUGAGAUCGAUAAAGAGUGGAGGUCGCCAGUCCAGCCUCAAGAGUGAGGGGAGAGUCUCAGGCUUGGGAACCUUUUCCUUUGGACACAUAGCUCGAUAAGAGCAACACCCGGGUGUCGCUGAAGAAGCAUAGAUCGGGAGUUUUCUUGGCCUGAGAAGUACAGGAGAGGAGCGUAGUGAUAGCAUGGCUUCAAAGCUUGUGGUUCUUGGAAUCCCCUGGGAUGUGGAUACAGAAGGAUUAAAAGAGUACAUGAGCAAGUUUGGCCCCCUGGAUGAUUGCAUUGUUAUGAAGGAUCGCUCAUCUGGUCGAUCUCGUGGUUUUGGAUACGUGACGUUUUCGUCAGUAGAGGAUGCAAAGAAUGUUGUUAACUCUGAGCAUAUUCUUGGAGACCGAACUCUGGAAGUGAAGAUAGCGACUCCCAAGGAAGAAAUGCGAGCUCCAGGAAACAAGAAAGCUACCAGGAUAUUUGUUGCUCGGAUUCCACAGUCUGUGGAUGAGUCAAUGUUUCGCAGGCAUUUUCAAACUUUUGGAGAAAUAACAGAUCUUUAUAUGCCCAAGGAACUGGGUUCAAAAGAACAUCGUGGAAUUGGCUUUGUCACUUUCCGGAGUGCAGAGUGCGUGGACAAUGUCAUGCAAGAAAAUCAUGAGAUUGAUGGCACAACAGUUGUUGUUGAUCGUGCAACUCCGAAGCAGGAUGAAGAAGUGAGGCACCCUCCAAGGAGGGGGGGAGGAGCACAGGGCGAGGGUGGUUAUGGCUCAUACAAUGCAUACAUUACAGCUGCUACCAGAUAUGCAGCUCUGGGCGUACCAACACUGUAUGAUCAUCCUGGGCCAGCUUAUGGAAGAGGAUACUUGAAUGAGCCCCCUGUAUCAAGCAAAAAGAUAUUCAUUGGUAGACUCCCACAAGAAGCAAAUACUGAUGAUUUAUGGGAUUAUUUUGGCCGAUUUGGCAGAAUUGUGGAUGCAUACAUUCCAAAGGAUCCAAAAAAGAGCGGCCACCGUGGUUUUGGUUUUGUUACUUUUGCUGAGGACGGUGUAGCAGAUCGUGUAGCGCGAAGAAGUCAUGAAAUUUUGGGACAGGAGGUUGCUGUAGACUCAGCUGCACCCGUGGAGGGUGGCCCCAGUCGAGGCGGGUACAUGGAACCACCUGGGCCAUAUGGAGCUUACAGCCCGAUGAUGUCUUAUGGCCAGUUCUCUGGCAGUCUUGGUUAUGAUUAUGGUUAUGGUCCCAGUGGAAGUAGCAGCAGAUCAAGAGUACAACCGCGCUACAGACCCUACUGAGGCACUCUCUUGGAGCCAUCACAGCAUUUAAGCGACAUGAUAGCAUGAAGAUGCUAUGACAUUGUGAGAACAUGAUAGUGAAAAAAAGGAUGUUCCGUUGUCAGGAUUCUAUGGUACCGUGUAUACUUAUGUUUGUUUUUGUCCAGGAUAUGCGUAACCCUUUUUGUUCAUGACGUUUUUCUGUAUUCAUGUGCCACCGGAAAUUUGAUUAUAUGGUGUGGCAGACUCUGAACAUUGCCGAUUAUGCUAGCUGGCAGACGGGUUAGCUGUGCAGUUUGAUUA